AUGUCAUCUACAGCUAACACAGUAUAUGGAGGUGACGAAAUAAACGCCAUUGUACUAGACAUUGGAUCUUUUAAUAUUCGUAUAGGUUAUGCUGGUGAUGAUUUUCCUAAAGUCAUAACAUCAUCUUAUUAUGGACAAUUGGCCAAUGGUACCAAAGUAUUUGGAGAAGGGAUCAACGUCUCGCGUAAAGAGCCAUUUGAGGUUAAGCCAAUUGUUGAAGAUUCGUUAAUUGUGGAUUGGGAUGCUGCAUAUGAGCUCUUUGCAUACUAUUUCCAACAAUUGAAGAUUAUCGACAAAGAACAACCUAUUUUAAUUACUGAACCUAUAUGGAGCACAAACGAAUAUAGAACAAAGUUGAUUGAGCUAAUUUACGAAAAAUUUGAAUUCCCCGGAUUAUAUUUGGCAAAAGUGCCGUCGUGUGUAAGUUUUCAACAAGGUAGAGCCAAUUGUUUAGUUGUUGAUUUGGGUCAUGAAAGUAUUAGUGUUACUCCUGUUGUUGAUGGGAUAUGCUUGAUUAAAAGUUCGUUGAAAGUUCCAUAUGCCGGUAAGUUUUUGAAUCUGAUAAUAGAGGAUUAUAUUACCAAGGAAGGUAUUGCUGUUGAACCAAGUGUGUUUAUAAAGAGCAAGACAGCAACAACCUAUCCCGAAGAAAAGGAAGCAAAAUUUGAGUUAAAGGAUAAUGUAUCCAACGCGAGUGAUCUGUUUAAACAGUAUCAAAUUGCAAGAAUAUGGCACGAGUUUAAGGAGUCAAUGUUGGAAGUACCAUCACAGGAAGCAAAGAAACUACUUGCCACAACAAAUUCCUCCUCGUCUGACUCCACCAACACCUUAUCUGAGUUUGCCAAACGAUCAUUUGAAUUACCUACAGGUCAAUCAAUAACCCUUGGACAAGAACGAUUUGAAAUUGCCGAAACUUUAUUUGAUCCAAGCUUCUACAAAUUCAACAACCCAUCCUUGCAACCACCCGCAUCCAAUGGAGAAAUCCCCGGAAUAGAAUUCAACACAAUCAACGAAUACCGACCAGUGAAACGCACUCGUAAAAACGAAGAAGGCCCCGAUGGAGGAGACAAAAAAAUCGAAGUACGUGGAGUAGCACAAUUAGUUACUCAAGUGAUUUCAAUAAUAGACAUAGAUUUACGUGCCUCGUUGGCAAACAACAUCAUAGUUACUGGUGGUACUUCACUAGUGACAUCGCUCACCGAAAGAUUGUACCAUGAACUACUGAAUAACAACCCUGGGUUAAAGAUUAGAUUACACGCAGUGGGUAACUCAUUGGAAAGAAUAAAUCAAUCUUGGAUUGGAGGAAGUGUAUUAUCUAGUUUGGGUACUUUCCAUCAAAUGUGGGUUAGCGAAAAGGAAUAUAAAGAAGAAGGCGCCGAAAGAAUAUUGAAUCAACGGUUUAGAUGA